UGUAUUUCCGGUUUAGGAAAGCAGCGCGCUGAAUUUGAGAGACUGUCGACUUUCUGCCUGUACAGAACCGUCGAAUACAUCCUGGAAACCAAAACUACGAUUAAAAAAGUCAACAUUUCGACGACCUCUAUGGUGUACGGUAGGGUUCCAGUUUUGUCAGUGUAUCCAAACGUUAACUUUUAUCUGUUACGAGUUAUUGACGUUAGCAAGUUAACUGAGCUAGCCCCCUUCAUUCGAACCGUACCCACUUUAAAAUGACCUCACAUGUUUUUCUAUGGAGCUAACCUAUCUACAUCACCGAUAAUGUCGUUAAAUGCUCUGUAGCCCCUAAGUUAUCUGUAAUCUACAGGUUUGCCGGGAUGGAGGGUGACGAACCGACAGAGAUGGCAAACCAGAAACUGAAGAUCCAUGUGGAGGUUCAUGUGAAAUCUCACAGGUAGGUUCACCGAACUGUUCAGACACCGAAAAAUUCCCCCCACGCCUGCAGUUAGCUGUCUGUGUCAGCCGCCCCAAUGUUCCCAGUUUAAAGAGCUUUAAAGGCAUGUAGCAUUAACCAAAAUAGGAGUGAAAAUAUAUAAGUAUAAAAAAUCUAAGUAUACGUCUUUAAUGUUAUGAUUUGUGUGUGGUUAUAUCUACAUGUAUGUCAGUAUUUGUGCAGUGUGUGUGUGUGUGUGUGUGUGUGUGUGUGUGUGUGUGUGUGUGUGUGUGUGUGUAGCUGAGAAAUCAGCUCUAAAAUAUGGGGAAAAUAAACAACCAUGGUCCUCAGUUGUUUAGGUUAUUUUUGCACCUUUUGUCUGACUUGUCACUUCAGCACCGCCAAGCUGACUGAUGUGAAGAUGCAUGUUCUGGCUCUGCUGAAUCGCCACAGCAUGGUUUUUGGAAACUACAGAUGGACAGAGUUCGAUGAAGACUUCUUGCAGAAAAAUGUAGAAACUGUGGCCCUCGUUGAUUUGGAGGAGAUGGUAUCACAGGUCUGUUUCAGUAUUUCAGUUUACAUUGAAAAUUUUCAGUUGUCUUUGCUAUGCUAUAGAGGAAUUUAAAAAAUGACUUAAAGUUAUUCAUUUUUCUUUUUUCUUUUAAUUUUUAAUCACGUAGCCCCUUGACUUGAAGAGCUGCUCUGUCUCCAUUCACAUCUUCACUCUCAAUGAGGAUGCACCCAGCACACUCAGUUUGGAGGAUGAUGAGGAGCUUUCAGCUGCCAAUCACUGGCUAUUGCCCGCAGGUAACAUUUCAUAACAUGUGCUAAGGUCAUCUUGAUCUCAUCCGGCUUUUUAGGUUCAAUUUAUUUCAUGCUAAAAUUGUACUACAAGGCAGGCUUGGUGUAGGUAUUCACUACUGUGUUGAUCAAUGGCUUGUACUAUGUUCAGUGUGACUUUAUAUGAUUCUCAAUCCAGAGUAUUCUGAAUAAAAGUAGAUAGACAAGCAGACCAACAGUGACAGAAAUUUUCCUCUGAUGAGGCUUUACAACUACAAAUACAGAUUUGAAAACACAUUGUACAGGCACUGAACAAAAUGGCUGUUUAGAGCUGCAUCUGAUUUAAAAAAAAAAAAAAGACAGAGAGAGGAGGUUGGGAUGAGCCAAUUAUUUUACUAGGCUUUUUUUAGUGAUGCAGUAGUAGUAUUUUUUGUGGUAAAUGGUGAGCAAGCUGUACAAGUUGGAAAUGUUGACAAUGAGGAUGGAUUUAAUGAGUGAAUGGUAAUCCAGCUUUAAAAUGUCUUUACUCAUGAAAAGGUGUCUAAAUCUGUCUGAAACACCACAUAAAGCUGUGAAAUUACGCUGGAUCUGGUGCUCCUUAGAAUGAGGACUUACUAACAAUGGAGAGAAAUAGUGACUAGAAAACACUGAAAAGUUUGUGGUUUUUAGUUGUGCAGAGAUGCUUUUCUCAGAAGGGAUUUUUACUUUUAUAGAUUCAUGUUUUGUUUUUUGUUAAAUCUACAUGCCCUCUUGGUUACAGUCAUAUUUUUUCUACAUAAAAGUUGAGAUAGCUGGUGUCUUUGUCCUGAUGCACAAUCUUGUUGGAGUCACAAGGGGGCACCCUGGCGUGAAAAAUGCAGAAGUAUGUAUUAUAGUUUGCCAUUGGACCCUUCAGAUAAUCCUGAUGAAAAGCAAUAUUCCAAGCUAAUUGUAUAUGUUUUCAGAAUGACCUUAUCUAUAUUUCUGCAUUGAUGUUCAGCAGUUUCUCCAUACUCAUUUGGUGUGUGUAUGUCUCUAUGUACGUAUCUAUAUACUAUCUAUCUAUCUAUUUAAUCUAUAUAUCUAUCUUUGUAACUUUUUUAAUCUCUGUGCUGUGGAUGCAAUAGUAUGUUAUUUAAAUUUUUCUCUUGAGAUAACUUCUACCCGGUUUGUUUAUUUGUUUACAGCUGAAUUCCAUGGGAUUUGGGAGAGUCUGGUCUAUGAGAGUGGAGUCAAAACUCAGGUUAAGAAAUGGCUGUUUAGAGAUUAAAGAAAUGGAUCGAAUAACUUCCUCACUAAUACUCCUAACACUUGUUUUCAUUCUUCUUUUAGCUCCUUGAUUAUGUCACAACAACAAUCUACUUCUCCGACAAAAAUGUCGACAGCAACCUUAUUUCCUGGAACCGUGUUGUGCUGCUUCACGGUACAUAACUAAUGGGAAACCAUAAAAAAUAACUAUUUUAAUUGGCUAAGGCUGCUGCAGGAACAAUAAGCGCAUUAUAAAUGAUUUAUGUCUUUGUGUGUGCCAACAUUUAGGACCCCCAGGCACAGGGAAAACAUCACUGUGCAAAGGUCUUGCCCAGAAGCUGUCAAUCAGACUGUCAAGCCGGUGAGACAAUACUCAUUUAAGUAAAACCACUUCAGCAGAAACUGCACCUGCUCUUUAUGUUUCAAAAUCCACUCCUCUGCCUGCAGGUAUUCAUACGGGCAAUUUGUUGAGAUAAACAGCCACAGCUUGUUCUCAAAGUGGUUCUCAGAGGUACAGCUGGCACCUUUUAUAUUGGAAGAGCUUGAUUGGAAUAGUCUCUGGGGUUAUUUUGGUAACUAAUAAUGCGUCUUUGUUGCAGAGUGGUAAGCUGGUCACAAAGAUGUUCCAAAAGAUCCAACAGCUAAUAGAUGACAAAGAUGCUUUGGUGUUCGUCCUGAUUGAUGAGGUAAAACCUGCUUCUUUCAUGAGGCUCUAAAAUUGAUUUCUGGAAUAAUUAAGGGAGCUGAAAAAAGACUAAAAGGCCUUUGUGUGAACUCUUUGUACCUCAGUCUUCUAAAAGUAUUCCUGCUGUGUGGCUUUUUGAAACCCCUCUGUGUUGUGUGUAGGUGGAGAGUCUUACAGCAGCUAGAAAUGCCUGCCAGGCAGGAACAGAGCCUUCUGAUGCCAUCCGAGUGGUCAACUCAGUCCUCACUCAGCUCGAUCAAAUCAAACGGUGAGGAAGCAAAGUGCUGGACGUAUUGUUUUGAAUGUGUCUUUACAGUGGAACAUUUGUUUUUCUGAUGAACUAGUUUAUUCCUGGUUGUUUUUUGGGCCCAUACUGUAGACAUUCCAACGUCGUGAUACUGACAACUUCCAACGUGACGGAAAAGAUCGAUUUGGCGUUUGUAGACAGAGCUGACAUCAAGCAGUACAUCGGACCUCCAUCUGAGAAGGGCAUCUACAACAUCUACCUCUCAUGCCUGGAAGAGCUCAUGAAGGUGACAGAGCAACCCAAUCUUUGUACAAUAACAGUAGAUGUUAGUCAUUUAACUUAACAGACACAUUUGUGUUAAAGACUCCACCUUCAUUAUUUAAAGUUUGGGCUGAUCUGAAAGAAGGGUCAGUAUCUUGACAUAAGGACCCAGUGCUUCUUAUGUCAGCGUGUUUAAGUGCCCAUGAACCAACAGCAAGUUAUUGCUUCUGAGGCUGGAGAGAGUUCAACAAAUCUUGGGUAUCUUAUGGUCAUCCAGCUUCACCAACCCUGACUGAGAUGAGAUUGUGCUAAGUGGUCCCAUAAAGCUGGUUAUCAAUAUGAUGAAUCAGCCCAGAAUAAAUAUGGUGUGGUAAGCAACAUACAAUGACCCAAGUCAUCAUAUUUUCCAAAGUCACAACAAAUCAUGACAUUUAUAAAACGUAGAAAUGAAAAACUAAGUUGGCACAGAAAUUAACUCAGCAUUUAUUUUCAAAAAGAAGGAAGGACUGGCUGAAGAAACACUGUGCUGACUGUGACACCUGUUUUAUUUCUUUAAACAGUCACUCUUAUUUAUUCUUGUGGCGUGUAUUGUAGUUUUAGAUGUAAUACAUCCCUAAAGUAGCAAACAGUAACUUCAAGAAGCUACAAAUGGUUAAGAAAACACGGUUCAAAGCCGUCCGCAUGUGUAGUUUCACAUCUAAUAAUUACAACAACCACAAGCCUCUAAUGUUAGCCUUUGUCAGUCUGGCAGUGGUACUUGUUACAGGGUGAUAUUGGGAAAGCAGAAUAAACAUGCUUAUUUUCUUUUUACCCCUUUAUGUAUUAGAUACAGUUUUGUUAUCAGCUUUUCCUCCAUCAAGAUCAAUUUAUUUUUCAGCCUCUGUUCAGAGGAAAAUUGAAAUCAAACCACAACAUAAACAAACAGCUAAGGUACCAAAGAAACCCUUUAAAGUGCACAAAAGUUAAAAAAAUCACGUGUCUGUCUGUGCUUUGUACUGUGUGAUAUAUGCAGUGUCAGAUAAUCAACCCUCGACAGCAACUUUUCACCAUGUAUGAGCUGGAAACCAUGGGCUUCAGAAAGAGCGAGGUGUCUGAGCUCAGCCUGAAGCUGAGGAACAUCGCUCUGUGAGUACGGCCUCAUGUGACGCCAUAGUUUCUCUUCUCCUGUCAUAACAUGUAGUGCAGGUGAGAAAUUAGACUUCCAGGAGCUAAAAUCUGUUUCCUUCUUCUCUGUCAGAAGAAGCAAAGGUCUGAGUGGGCGAGCGCUGAGGAAGUUACCCUUUCUAGCUCAUGCACAGUUUGUCAAGGUAGCUGUUUUUCUUCUCCUCCAGAGUUAAAAAUGAAAAGUCUUCAUGUUUGUUUGUUUUUUCAGAGAUUAUUUUUACCUUUUUAUAAUUUUUUGUCUUUAGACGCCGACAGUUACUCUUGAAAAGUUUCUGGAGGCAAUGGACCGAGCCGUGGAUAAACAGAGAGAAGAAAAAGCCAACCUGGUCAAUGGAGUCUGAAAGAUUAUAAAAGCCAAACAACUAUUCUAAACUCAGUCUUAUGCCUUCUCUGACUAUAUUUUAAUAAAGCCAAAUGCCUUUGUACAAAACAUUAUUAAUCUGGCAGCACUGUGUUGAAUUUAUCAGCAAAUAACUUUGUUUGGAAAGUCAUGAGUUUAAGUCUUUCCUCGGCUAGUUUUGUUGGUGCUACUUGUUUUAAAGACAAUAUUCAAAAGUGUUUCAGUCUGAACAGUUUGAUUGAACCUCAGCGCUUACUUUGUGUUUUCAAAUUAUAUUUUGUUUUGAACAUGCAGCCUUAACCUUAAAGCUCUUCUCUCCUUUUGUUCAUUUUCAUAUUGAUCACUUUUUGGAUUGCACACUCAGCUCAGUCAAACAAAGGAAGGGGUCAUUAUUGUGGCUUUGCAGACAGAAAUGAAGAACAGUCCUAUGAUCUUGCAUGCAGGUUGCAAACUCAUUAAGAUUCUUCUUAAUUGAUUCUCUGCAAGUUGAUAUCUGUUCAAUAUUGACUUGUCCUGUAAAAUCUAAACAGUAAUGCACUGCAAUUCUUAGGAAUGCAUGUUUUUGAAAUGUUUUUAUACUAUUGUUGUGAAAGGCUUCUAACAGGUUGACCAUCAGCUUAAAAUGUCCAAAUACAAAAGUUCUGUAUUUAUGCUAACAACGGUUCCUCUUCAAUCUCUGCACUCACAUUUUUAUUUUGUAUAUAACAUUGUAAUAAACAACUUUCUCAGUU